GGGGGGGCUGCCGCGGAAGACUCCGGCUCCCUGCUACGUUCUGGAAGCGUCCGCGGUGUGCGGCGGCUCCAGGCGGCUGGGGUUGUGCUGCGGCUCCGCGUUGAUGCGCUGCGUCUCCGGCGCCGCCCUGCGGUCGGCGGGGUCGGAGUCUACGGCGAGGCUGGUGGUUCCGGUUGGGGCGCGGGGCCGGGGAAGUCGUUCCGCCUGCUGUGGCUGUGGGUGGGGAUCGGCGGCGGGGAGUGAGCGGGUGGAAGAGGGCUGCACUUACUGCUCUUGACUGGUUGCACGUGGACCUCGUACCACAGAACUUGCUAGGGAUUUGGAUUUUGGACUCGAUUCGGGAGUCGGGUGAUUGGAUCGCUGCACCUUUCGAUUGUGCUUCAAUUAACCUGGAAGUGCAAGAGUUGGAUGUGCAGACCUUUUGUCUUUAAAAACCAAAUCAUUUGGAAUAAGUUUUCCACGUGAUCUGCUUGAGCAGAUUUUGGUUUGAAUCUUAAAUUCUGAUUCAGAUGUAUUUCAAGAUAUCUGAAGUAGUAUAUACAUUCUGAUUAGGAUACCUACCUGCAAUAUGAUGAUACUCAUCUCUAAAACACAAUGAGGAUUACCAAUAGUUUCUUAGUAUGUACCGAAGAGCUAGGAAGAAUGAUCAGUAUUGAAUACAUGCCACUUUUUUCAGGAAAAGCACAAGGAGAAGAAGCACAGAAAGGAAAAAGACAGGGGAAAAGGGGAAAGAAAGGAAAAGUAUAGAGAUCAUAGGAAACAUAAGCACAAGAAGAAGCACAAAAGAGAGAAGUGUAGAGACAGGAGAAAUAAUGAGGACAGAGAUAAAGACAAAAAAACAAGUCUUGGGACAGAACACUCAGAAGAAUUAUAAACAUGGCAACAGAAAACCAGAAGAAAAAGGGCAGAAUGAAGCAUUCAAAGAUAUUAAACCAACAGAUGAGUUGAUUACCCGAACUUUUGGUCAAGAAGGUAAUGCUAUCCAUAAAUGUGACAAUAAUAUAUCUUUGCUUCCUAGGAGCACUGAUAGCAUUAGUGUUACAGGUUCUAAAGAGAAAGAAAGGAAUUCGGUUGGUAGAAUGGUUAAGAAAUCUGAAGAAGCAACACAGGGAAAUCAUGGGAUGGUACAAAAGAGUGAUAGUAUUGUGCGUGCUAAUAAAAAGGGAAUGAGGGGUGUUGAUUCUAAAACUAAAAUAAAGAAUGGGAAAAGCCUUCAAGUUGGAUCAGCUGAAAUGCAUUCCAGAAGAAAGCACAGCUGUAAUGUGGUGGACAUACGGCAGGAUAAUUACAGUUGUAAUGGAGUGGAUGUACAGGUACAGCAGGAUAAUUCUAAUGCACAACGAAGCUCUGAAGAAGCAAAUGGAAGAAUUACACUAAGCCCAAAUAGAUUGCAGAGGGCAGAAGAAAUGGAACCUGAUCCAGAGAUUUCUGUCCAUUCUACAAAAGGGAAAAAUGAUAGAAGUAACACCAAAGGUGGUAUGAUGGGAAAGGAAAAUCGAAGUGCUAACAAUUUCCGUGGCAAGAUGAAUCAGCAAUCCGUACAAAAUAAAGGAGGAGAAGUUGAAGGGAAGGGAAAAACAAAUUAUUGUAAGGAUGUUAAAGGCAAAGAUAGAGAUAGGGUUGUAAAGAAAAGAAAGGCUGAAUACAAAAAUAAACAGAAAGAAAUGGAGAAAAAUGGUACUGUAAAUGAGCAUAAACAUGAAGAUCCUGGUGCAAGAGAGGAUCAGGUAGAUAAUCUUAUGCGCUCUGGUUUUCUUAAUGGGCAAAAGUUCAUGUCUGACAAUAUAAAGAAACGGAAAGACUUCGACGCUAAUUCUUCUCCAGAUGAACACAGUAUUACAAUGACUAAGAUGCCGAAGGUGUCUCCUACCUAGGAUGAAGAAAUAUGCCGGCAUUCUCAGCGGAUCACACCUUGUAGUUCUACAGAACUACUUGACACAAACACUCACCAGAUAGGCUGGCGUAAGUCUCAGGAUGGCUACAACAGUGCCAUCACUGCAUCUCGUUGUUCGGAGGAAGACAUAGCUUCAGUUUCUUCAUCUGGUUACAGGAGUAACAAAGGUUAUCGGGAGCAGCCUCACCCUGAUACCAAAUAUCUGAGCCAAUUGUACUCCACACCUCCAGCUCAGGACUUUUCUGGUUUCAUCGAUCAGGACUGGCUGUUUUCCCAGGAUUGUGAGGGACGGAAAACUGCGGCGUUUGAGGCUGCAGAAUCUGACCAAGUCUGGUCUGAUGCACAUAUAACUUAUGCUGCUGGUGUAA